AUUAGUAAAUUAUAAAUAGCUACCAUGAUAUGAAAUAUAUGUAAUUACAGAGAGUUGCUAGGAGACUGAUAAAGUAUUUACCAAUGGCGCCUGAGGAGUGGUUGAGUCUUAUUCAAAAUGCUACGAAAACUGCAAUUAUCCAAGAUGGAAAAAGAAAAGUACAUUUUUUAAUGGAAGAUGGUAGGGAAAUGGUAGAAGAAUACCAUUUAGAAACAAAUGUUGUAGUGCGGAGAGCAUGGAAAGAAAAAGGUAAACUGGGACAAGAUAUAGGUUGGAAAAUAGAAAUUGGAGACCCUGAACCUAGGCAAAAUGAUAUUGAAGUAUAUGGGAUUCAGGAAAGUACAAGUGCUCCAUUUAUUACAAGAAGAAUUACAAAGACUGCACUUGAAUGGCGCAUAAGGAAUUUGCCAUAUCCACAGAAUGUAUAUAGUGUAACAGCAGAAGAUGAUAACACAAUAACUGUUCGUACAACCAAUAAAAAAUAUUUUAAAAAGAUAAUAGUUCCAGAUUUAGAACGUGCUGGAUUAAAAGUAGCACAAGACAGAAUAUCCUUCACGCAUCAAUACAGUACGCUAAUUAUUACGUAUAAAAAACCACCUGCACUUCUGGAGUUGGAAAAAAAGGUAUUAGAUGAAAUAUUACAACUAAAAGCAAGAAAAGAUGGUGAUGUACAGUGUCCAACAAGCUAAUAAAAUUUUUUUUUUUCUAAAAAUA